AUGUCGGAGCCGCCCGCUGGGGCCGUUGCGCCGCCCGCGGAUGCACCCAUGCCGAAGGAACCGCAAGCGGUAAAAGACAAAAAGGCCGCAAAAGAGCUUAAGCGUGAGCGCCGCGCUGCGGCGAAAGCGCAGCAAGACGGUGCGGCGAUUAGCCACGCAAAACCCGAGCAAAAACCCAAGGACGCCGCACCCCGAGCAAAAAACAUGAGCGAGGCCGCGCCGGCCAAAAGCACCGCAGCACACUUAGUACCUCAGGCAUCGCUGGACAAGGACCUCUCCAACGUGGGUGUCCUUGGCGAUGCGUCGCUCUUUGGCAACGUUGUUCUCCCCCGCAGCGCGCAGCUGAAUGCAUUCAGCUGGAAUGCUGCGUCCGCGCGCGCAACCAUCCACCCCGAAGUGCUCAGCUUGUGCCACCAGCUGGCGACAUUCAACGUGCGCGGCGCAAACAAACGCGCAAUUGCCGUCCUGCGCGCGCUGGGCGCAGUGAUCCGCGACUAUCGCACGCCCCAAGGCGCGGUGCUGAGCCGCGAUUUGCUCACGCGUGUCUCGCAGCAAGUCGGCCACAUUGUCGAGUCGCGCCCGAUGAAUACUAGCACGGGUCAUGCGGUCCGCUUCCUGAAAUACGAAAUCAGUGUCGUGGACUCGAACCUCGGCGAAGCCGAGGCGAAGGAGCAUCUGCUGGACCGCAUUGAGCAUUUUAUCCGCGACCGCAUCAUCUAUGCAGCUAAAGUGAUCCAGACGCAUGCCGCAGCCAAGAUUCACGACGGUGACGUGGUGAUGGCAUACGCACGCUCGUCGGUGAUCGAAGGCACGCUUCUCCAAGCACACCGCAAUGGAGUCAAGUUCGAGGUGAUUGUCAUCGACUCGCGCCCAUUGUUUGAAGGCAGGGAGCUUGCGGAGCGGUUGAUCGGGGCUGGCAUACCUACCACGUACGGCCUGCUUUCCUCGCUCAGUACGCUCAUCCCCCGGGUCAACCUGCUCCUUCUCGGCACCUCGUCCCUGCUCUCGAACGGCGCGCCGUAUGCGCGUGCAGGCACGGCAAUGUGUGCAAUGCUCGCACAUGGGUACCACAUCCCUGUGAUUAUCUGCUGCGAGACGUACAAGUUCAGCGACCGGAUUCAGCUGGACAGCUUCGUGGUGAACGAGGCGGGUAACUGCUCGGACCUGCUCUCUCAGGAAGACGACUCGGCGCAAAGCAAGAGCAAGCUGCUCACGCGCGCAGAAUGCAGUGCAGAGCCGCGACUCAAGGUCGUCCAGCUGUUGUACGAUGUGACGCCGCCGCGGUAUAUUAGCGCGGUUGCGAGCGAGGUGGGCCUUGGGGGGACGGAGAGUGUGGGUGUGAUUCUGCGUGAUUACAAGAGUGUGCUAUUCGGCAUCUAG